AUGAAAGCUGCACUUUCCAAUAUUCUGUUACAUCCGGUGCCCAAUUCCAAUCCGCAUUCCUCCGCUUUCACUCCCUCUUCUCAUUCGCUUGAUUCUUAUCGAUCCUUUUAUUAUAAUAAUCACCAGCAUCCUCAACAGCAGCAGCAUCAUAAUUAUCAACAGUAUCUUCCCAAUCCACUUCCCACCACCUAUCACCAUCCAUUAUCACCACCACAAGAACCUGCAAUAAUGUUUUCAAUGCCACAACAUCACCAUCACCAAGUGCAACAAGGCGUUAAUGGAAAUAAUGACAACAGAAUUGGUAAUGGUAAUGGUAAUGGUAAGAAACGUGCACAUUCAACAUCGUCAUCCGAGAAAUCGAAUGCGCCACGGCCGUACAAGUGCACGAUGUGUAGUAAAGCAUUUCAUCGUUUAGAACAUCAGACGCGUCAUAUAAGAACUCAUACAGGGGAAAAACCGCAUCGAUGUGAGUUCCCUGGAUGUGAAAAAAAAUUUUCUCGAUCUGAUGAAUUAACGAGACAUCGAAGAACUCACACAAAUCCAACAAAAAAGGAUAAACGCAAACAAUUACACAAGUUGAAUAUGGAGUUCAAGAAUAACAGCGUUGUCUCCUCUUCAUCGAAUCUGAUGGCAUCCUCCUGUUCAAAUUAUUAUAAUCAUCUAGAAUGUGGAAUGUCAUUUGCUCCCAUCAAUCAUAUUAAUGCAAUUUCUCCAACUUUCGAACCUCCAAGCAAAAGAAUGCGUCGUCUCAGUAAUGAAGAUAGCUGUCGUAAUGGCAUUAACAAUAAUAAUUUGCCAAGUCCAUCAUUAUCAGCAAGAUCUUUUGAUCGUAAUAAUAGUGAAGGACUAAAUGGCAGCAUUCAUUCAAACCUCUAUUCUGAAAAUUGCUCUGAUUCUGAGAAUGAAUUUUCACCUCCAACACCAGAGCAAUCACCUGUGCUUGGCCCUCAAAUAGAAGAGGCAACAGUCAACAUUAAUAAUAGUAAUCACUAUUAUUACAACACCACCACUACCACCACUAACAGCGGUGUAAUAUUGCCACCGAUGAUUGAUUGGAAGACUAAUUUCACGCCAAAUAUUCUAAUGAAAAAAAAUACAAUAACCUCAUCUAGCACUGCGAACGCUGCACCGACAAAUACCAACCUAAUAAUACCUGGAAAUAGUUCGGCAGCUAAUCGUAUUAGUGAUAUUGUAAAUACUCCAUUGCCACCACAGGAGAGAUUUUUACCACCACUCAAUUCAUCAUCGUCGCUGCAAUUGACAAUCUCCGGUGCUAACAACAACGCGUUUGAUUGUUGUGCUUUACCACCUUUCAGAUACUAA